UCGUCGAAGUCUUCCGACGCUGAAACCCUUUAAACAGGCUUCACCCCCCACCGUGGUUUCUAGCCGCUUUGUCCGACACCGACGACACGUUCCCCUUUAAGAUGAUGUCCAACUCGGCUAUGAUUUAUUUAAUUAUUUUGUGUAACGUCUGCAACAAAACUUGGACGAAGCGAUGUAUUUGAAAGGACAGAGCGACGCAUCGUGUGACUGUAGCCCGGCGGCUAUCGAGUCUGAAAGGUGGCAGAGCGGCGCAGACCUAAUUACAGGAGCACUGGUCCUCUGUUCCUUGCUCGUGUCAGAGGAAAAACAACAGAUGUCGCUGUCGUGUGUUGGACUUAGAGGCAAAGCAGGUUCGUGUCAUAAUGCAGUGAAGCCAAUGUUUAAUCACGCAAUGUUUUGGACGGUUGGGCAGUAGGAUCUCUUCAGGACAACAUUUAAAGGAGGAUUCAGGCAUCUCUAGGAGCAACCAACGUAACGAUCCUCAGUUCCUUGAUGAUGACAACACCGGACUCACCCCCACUAGUCUCCCCUUCCCCUUGCCCUGCUCCUCCUCCAUCCCUCCCCUCCUCCCCUGUGCCUUCCUCUCCUGCCCCAUCUUCUUCUUCUCUCCCUCUUCCACCUUCUUUCCCCCCCACUGGGGAGUUGAUGGUGUUAGCUCUGGGCAGGAAGAAGCAGAGGGUAUUCAUCGCUCUCUCCAUACUUCCCAACCUUUUUCUGGCCUUCCUCCUCUCUUCGGAUCCCCUUAUCGUCCUGUCCCCGCCCCACCACUGCCACCUACCAGGGACCACACUAUCACCUGAAGUACUAAAUGCAUCCUUACCUUGGGAGAAGAAGCCGAGGCCCGGGAACAGCUGGAGCCUGUCCCAGUGUAAGCAGUACUUCAAUAGCAGCCACUUGGCUGUGGUUGACUGCGAUGCUGGCUGGGAUUACAACGUCACAGAAGGGCUGAAGAACAACAUUGUUACAGAGUGGGAUCUGGUGUGUGCUCAGUACUGGCUGGUUCCAGUGGAGGAGGUGUGCUUCAUUCUGGGGAUUCUGAUUGGCUGUCUGGGCCUGGGCUACGCUGCGGACAGGCUUGGCCGGUCCAGGACACUGCUGACGUCUUUGACCUUGUCUGUAGUGUUUGGCGUGCUGCUGUGUGUCUCUCCAAAUCCUUACAUCUUUGUCAUCAUGCGUUUCUGUCUGGCAGCAGCCAGUGCAGGAGUCUACCUCAUUCUGUAUAUCACACGCCUGGAGCUGUGUGACCCAUCUCUGAGACUGGUGGCCACCGUGCUAGCUGGGCUGAUGACUGUAUCCGGGGAGCUGCUCCUGCUGGGCGUGGCCCUGGGUUUCCAGUCCUGGAGAGGUUUGCUAGGAGCUGGCACCGCUCCACUAACACUAUUCCUCAGCUAUGGGAUUCCUGGGGUAUUCCCAGAGUCUCCACGCUGGCUCCUUCUGUCAGAAAGGUCUGGUGACAUGAACUCCUUCAGCGAGAGAAGAAACUCAAACAGAGAGCUACGGGAUGAUGAGAGCUUCACAGAGCUGGAAUCGGAGCCGGCCCCCUCCAUGCGUCCCCAUCUGUCAUUUCCUGAGCUUUUCCACAGCAGGAAUAUCUGGAAGAACUUGUGUGUGCUGGGCUUCACCUCAUUCAUCUCCCACGGCAUUAGUCACUGUUACAGCUCUUUCCGAAGUGAUGUGAGGGGCAACGCCCCCAGCUUCUAUUGGAUGUACCUCCUAGCUGUCUGUGCAGGGGGUGGUGCCUGGUUGUUGCUCUGGGUGACUGUCGACAGGUGCGGUCGUCGUGGUAUCCUGCUGCUCUCCAUGACUAUGACGGGACUGGCAUCUUUGAUCCUCCUGGGACUCAUGGAGUAUCUCAGCGAGGCAGCCAUCACUGUGUUCUCUGUGCUUGGUCUGUUCUCCUCCCAGGCCGCUGCCUCCCUCUGCAUCCUCUUGACUGCAGAGAUCAUGCCCACCAUCAUCAGGGGCAGUGGUGUGGGUGUGGUGCUCGCCUUGGGCAGUGUUGGUCGUCUUAGCUCCCCUCUCAUGGACCUGAGGAACCACUACGGUUACUUCCUGCACCAUGUAAUUUACUCCUCACUGGCUCUACUCGCUGUGCUGUCCAUCCUGCUACUGCCUGAGAGCAAGAGGAAGCCGCUGCCCCAGACGCUGGCUGACGGUGAGCAGUACAGGCGCCCCCCACUGGGCAGAAGGAGGAGAGACAACGUACCUCUAUUGGCAACGCCCAACACAGAGAGCUAAAGGACUCUGAAAGCAUGGACUUAACUCGGAUUAUUCACUCAGCCCACCAGCCAGAACCUUUACAUCCAACCACAUUGAAACAGUGAAUGAAAAUGACACAACAAAGCGAGGGAGAAGGUCUGGUUCUUUUAGUUGUGGACAAACAGGUGAAGUCCAGACAAGCUUCCUAACAUAUCAUCCUCUUGUCAUUCAAAACACAAGCUGCCACUUCAUUGUUCUGUUUCCUCUCUUACAAGUGUGCUAAUGUGCCUGAACACACGUUCAUCAUCCUCUUCCUGACCAGACAACAGCGUUUUCUGCACGUCAGGUCCAC